UUUACAUGUUCAAAUCAUUAUAAUUUCUUUGUUGUUGUUAUUAAAUUCCUUUUAAGAUCAACUAGCUAGAUUAAUUAGGUCAAAUGAACAAAGGUGCCGAGCUAGGGCCGCAAGGAGUUCAUUCACCAAAAAAUAAUUAUACUGUAUAUACGCGGUUAACUUUGUGUGAAUCCUGUUAAUUAGAUUCUUAUUGUGUUUAAUUACUAUUUUAUAAUUUGAAUCUCAUUAUUGAAAAUCCUUGUUCGGUCGCAUGAUGUGGCGCGGCGCGGUGGAGUUAGUUUGGAAGAGAGAGAUCGGAUGAGAUGGGAAAGAAGUUAAAGACUGAGAUAGAUAUUUCACAGCUACAUAUGCAACAACAAAUGGGAAGAAGACAGGUGUUGGGGCCUGUUGGGGGAGGAACAACAUUGAACAAUGUUACACCUUGUGCUGCUUGUAAACUUCUAAGAAGAAGAUGUGCUGAGGAAUGCCCUUUUUCUCCAUAUUUUUCCCCACUUGAACCUCACAAAUUUGCUGCUGUUCAUAAAGUCUUUGGGGCCAGCAAUGUCUCCAAGUUGCUCAUGGAGGUGCCUGUGGGACAAAGGGCAGAUGCAGCAAAUAGUUUGGUAUAUGAAGCAAAUGUGAGGCUAAGAGAUCCAGUGUAUGGAUGCAUGGGUGCAAUUUCAACUCUACAACAACAAAUUCAAAAUUUACAAGUUGAGCUUAAUACAAUUAGGGCUGAAAUUUUGAGAUACAAAUAUAGAGAAGCUGCUAAUAGUCUUAUUGCUUCUAUUUCCACCUCUGUGGCACCUGAGUUACCACAAGCUCCUCCUACUCCGCCACCACCACCACCACCACCCUCCAUGGUGGUGGUUUCGUCAUCAUCUUCUUCUGCUUCAUCAACUUCUUCUAAUUUAUACACACCGGCCUCGUCUAGUGUGGCAAACUUUAGUGCCAUUACCAAUAAUAACAUAUCGUAUUUUGAUCAGCAAUAGUCAUGUCACAUCAAAUGAAACAGAUCAGACAAUUGAAGGAAAGACAUUUGGAGGAUUUUUAGUUCAGUUUUUUUUUUUUUAAUUUUCAAACUUGUCAUUGGUAAGAGCAUUUUAUUAUAUAUAUACAUACCAUAUUGUAUCUCCAAUUAUGACAAUUACAACUAGCUAGAGAAAUAUUUGAUGAUGA